AUGACGGUACCGCAUGACUAACCAAUUCCGUUAAGGCAUUAGAAGAAAACUAACCAAUCCUGUUCCGGCUUUUAAGAGGGGGCUCUUCAGUUUGGAGUAGCGUCUGGUCCGUAACCGAUGUGAGGUGAAGGUGUAAAUAUUAUUUCAGUUCUCACAGUAAACAGAGGUAUGUCUCCAGAGGAUGAAGUCCAAAGUCCCACCCUUGGUUUCAGCUCCACCGGGGAGGAUGUAACUUCCCACGAGCCUGGCAGAGGGAGCAGAGCACCCACGCGCAUCCACGGAAGAUCCCCAGAGGGUGACACCAGUGGUUAUGGAGCCCAUGCCAGGGGAAACAGCCCUCUCCUGAAAAUUUUGAUGGAUGCUGAAGCCGCUGCCAACUCUGCAGCCAUACAGCUUGUAGCUUUUAAAGAUGCCAUGGAAGAUGAAUUUGCUGAUUCAAGACAGUCUGCUACAGAUAAGCGCAGAAUUGCCAGACAGAGAGGGCUUUUGCUUGAGAAAUUGGAGGAUUUUAAGCGAAUAAAUAAGUCUGUCCGGAUGAAACUGAAACAGCUCCAAGAAGCAGAGGCUGAUCAACUUCAUGCAGACAAACAGAUUGACACUUUGCUGAGGAGGAUUAAACAGGCUGAAAGUGAAAAUGAGCUUUUAAAAAGAGAUUUAAAUGAGAUGGAACAAAGAGUUGAGGAAAUGAUGGAUCUUCGCAAAGAAGAGCAGGAAAACAUAAAAAGUGCAGUUCACAUGACCAAGUCUGUGGAGGCGACCCGGGCUCACCUGCAGGGGCAGCUCCGAAACAAAGAAGCUGAGAACAACCGUCUGACUGUACAACUACGGACUCUGGAGAGAACCUUGACUGAACAAAAGAUGGAGACUGAUGAUCUGAAAAAGUCACUGAUUUCUCUGAGUGAAAAGGCAGCUCAGGAUAAAGAAUCUCUAAAGAAAGCCACUCGUGCACAGAAACUGAGAGUGGAGCGAUUUGAAGCUGCUAUUGAAAAAUGCUACGCACAGUUGAAAGAAAAGGAUGUAGAGCUUGCCAAUGCUCGUCUGGAAAAAGACUCCAGGAGGCGGCAGAAAGAACAAAUGACAGAUGAGAAAGACAAACUUGUUGCUCACAUAGAGCUAUUGAAAAGUCAAAUUACAGAGUUGACAGUGAGACUGCAGAAGGAGAGGGAUGAGCUCAAUACGGCAAAUGAAACUGUGAUGCGACAAGUCGAAAAACUCAUCGCUGAAAACGGAGACCUCAGCGUCAAUAAUGCAACACUCAAGGCGUCUGUCGCUCAGUUGGAGCUGCAGCUGGCUGAUUAUGAAGCAGCUUUGGUAGAGGAGAAGAUUGUGUCUCAGGAGAGGAGCCGCCAAGCUGAACAGUGCCAACAGCAGCUGCAAGAACUUCAAGCUGAAAUCAGUAAUCUGAGGAUGAAGCAUGCAAAUGUUUUAAGGGAGACAGAAAACACACAAGAUGGGAGAGAAAUAGAAGUUCGAAAGGUGAGGCAGGAGCUGCAGGGGCGAGUGGACGAACUGAAGGCUUACCCUGAGUUACUGAGUGCAGCUGAGCACAACCUCCACGAGUGCCAGGAGAAUUUACACCGCUGUGAGAGGAAGUGUUCAGAAAAGUCAGAGUCCAUUAGGCAACUGCAGGUUAAGAUGGAUGGUCAAACCAAACUGCUGAGAUCAACUGCGGAGAUGAAAGAGUCCAUUCAUGAAGCCAAUGCACAACUGCAAGAAAAACUGAAUUUUCUGCAGAAAAGUAUGGACAAGCUGCAGCAGGAGAAUGUGGAGCUUGUGCGAAGGCUUGGAGCUCAGGAGGAGGCCAUCAGCUAUAGCAACCACCAGCUGGAUCAACGCACGUCAGAGUGCCAGGCCCUCAGCCAUCAGCUAGAAGCAGCUUUGUCAGACGUUAAACAGCAGGUCAACAAAGUAAAAAAUCAGGCUGUUUCUCAAGAAGAAGCCCUUCAGACCAGAAUCCUAGAGCUGGAAGCUGAGAAGAGUAGAAGGAACAAUGAGCUGAGACUUCUGCGUCAGAGCAAGUUAACUGCAGAGAAACAGUUUGAAGUGCGACUUAAAGACCUUCAGCUCAGCCUGGACCAGUCUGAGAGUCACAAACAGAGCAUUCAGAACUAUGUUGACUUCCUCAAAAACUCCUACAAGACUAUGUUUGACGAAGGACUGCAGGCAUCAUGCUUUGGAUCUUCAUAUUUUCUGAAGUGACAAUAUAUUCAGUUUCCUGUUGGUGAUCAUUAUGUACUACUGUAUUAUUUAUUAUGGAUAUUUAAAGAAUAUCAAGGAUAUGGGCAAGAAAGAGGAGCCAAACAUGUUUGACAUUUUUAGUCUAGCUUUAGAUAUCUGUUUCUAAAUCACAGUACAUCAGGGAACAUACAUUUUUAAUGUUUCAUUAACUGUCUGAGGCAUGGACUGUAAAACAGAUGCUGCAAUGUCCUUCCUCCUGUGUAGAAAUGAAGCCAAAACUCACAAUUUGGAGCCGGAGGCAGCACAGUAAAGAUGUGUGGAUGUCACAUCUGUCUGCCCGGUUGGUUGGAGGAUGCACAUGUGACAGAGCAGGGACCAAGAUUACAGCUGUCAAUCAACUGUUUUUACAACAUCAAAUAAGUUAUUAUAACAUAAUGUUAGGAGAAAGGUGACAAAUCAAUACCAUGAGAAAAAAAGUACUUAGAUGUGUAAUUUGAGGGAAGUCUCAGGGGAUGGAGAUGUUUUAGAUUCACUUUUUUAGAGCUGUCAUAGUGUCCAUCUUUGCAUAUCUACAGUACUAUUAGAUUUCAUGUUGGUUUGUUUGUUUUUUACCCUUUUAUGCAUAUUGUGGAAUGUGAAUGUCAGGUGCUACUGAAUCUUUAUAUAUUCUAAGUUCUAUUCCCUUAAAAAAUGAGACCAGGUGCACGAAGUGUCAGAACUCUGGACUUUUGAUCCGAUCUUUGAACAAAAUGU